AUGUCCACUGAACCUCCCUCGGCACCUUUAGGACCCCUAAGCAGCUUACCAGUGGGGUACGAACCUCUGAAGAAAUUCAAGAUCCUCUUACUGGUCACUUCGAUCAAUUCGUUUACGCAGAGGGUCAUAUCUUACCUGCAGUAUCUGGGCUUCGAGCAGGUCUCGGUCCAAUUAGCUACAAGCGAUGAAGAUAUGUUGGACGCUGCGGAGGGUUGGGAUGCGGAUUUGGUUUUGUGUCCAUUCCUUACUAAGAAAUUACCGGCAUCAAUACAUACUAGAUGGAUCACUCUAGUCGUUCAUCCUGGACCACCAGGAGAUGCUGGGCCAUCAUCCCUAGAUUGGGUCCUAAUGGGCGACGAUGGAUCCAUCACCGAUCCCACCCAAGCUCUGGAUACACUCAUAAAUACAUCUACAGCCGAUAGAGAAUCUACGCAGAGAUCUCAUUGGGGUACGAUCUGUUUUCAAGCCAAUGAAGAAUUAGAUGGAGGUGCUGUAUGGGCAUGGGAGCAAUACACUUUACCUCCUAUUGGAAGUAUCACUAAGGCCCAACUGUACCAAGGUCAACAUUCCAUUGGAGCAAUUAGUGCGGUCAUUCAUUCUCUCUUAAGGAUAUACGAUUCGACAGUUGGUCAAGGUAUAGAAAAGAAAGAUUGGUUGAAAGUUCUUCCUAAAGCCGAAUGGUCAACUAGAUGCGUUAGUCUACAAAAAGAAUUUUUAGGUGGGAAGACCUUGGAUAGACCUCUAUUUCAAUCUACAAAACGCAGACCGAACUUUGACGUUCAUACUGCACAAGAUAUCCUGAGGAUAUUGAAUGCUAGUGAUUCACAACCUGGUGCGAUGAUUAGUCCUUUGACCAACAAUUCCAAAUCUUCCCUAUUCGCUUAUGGCGCACAUGUACAUAACGAUUUGUCGACUAUACCUGCUUCGUUAUAUGUUUCAUUAGGGUACGAGAGCUACAGUGAGAUUCCUAAUGGGAAGAUCAUAGCUACUAGACAAGGUGCAGUGUUCAUCAAGACUCGUCAAUUACCUGGACUCAGUGUAGGUGCAGGAAUAUGGAUAACGCACGGUAGAGUACCUAGAGGUAAAGAUAAACCGAUAGAUCCCAAAAUACCUAUGGUAGAUGCUAUACGUGCUGCCGGGCACCAGGGGGUCCUGAAGGAGGUCACAGAAUGGGAACAAAGUACAUGGAUGGAGAGGAAAGGUGAAUGGCAAGAGGUUUUUGUCAGAAGUGUAGAAGAGAAGGAUGGGAUUGCUCAGCUGGUAUACUGGAAUUUCUACAAUGGCGCAUUCACCACUUCCAAUUGUCAAUACCUCCUCAAAGCCUUGCAAUGGGCGACAUCCCCCGAGCGGGGCAACGUCAAGCUCUUAGCUCUGAUGGGCGGCAACUACUUUUCAAAUGGUAUAGCCCUAAACACCAUCGAGCAUGCCUCAUCGCCCGGAGCGGAGACAUGGGCCAAUAUCAACGCAAUUGAUGAUAUCGUUUCAUUCCUGGUGGGCGAUACAGCAUCGGAAGUACCUGAUUUCCUUCAAGGUGUGGAACCGCUCUGCAAGAGAGGUAUACUCACUGUCGCUUGUGUGAGAGGUAAUGCUGCUGCGGGAGGUGUAGCUUUGGCUGCUGGAUGCGAUGUGGUUUUAGCUUCGAGAGGAGUUGUCCUGAACCCUGCUUAUAGAGGUAUGGGUCUGCAUGGGAGCGAACUUCAUUCCUACUCAUACCUCAAACGAUGUGGUCCAGUCCACGCAGCGACCUUACUUCGAGCGAUGAAACCUAUCGAUUCCACUCUCGCUCGUGACUGGGGAUUGGUCGACAUCGAAAUUGGAUCUGCUACUCAAUCGCUAUCAGAUAAUGAACCUCUGUUCGUCGAGACAAUCAAGACGAUCUUAAAUGGUAAAUGUCAAGACAUGUUCUCACCGACAUCCAACUUCAAAUGUGCACCUUGGUCCAGACCCACCUCUUCGACCUUAGAACACCUAGACGAUGAAUCGAUGAUCGAAGAGAUGUGCGCUCAGAAGGUAUCCACCUAUUCCGAGGUUACACGGGAUUUCCCACCAUUAUUGCACUACAGGAACGAAGAAUUGUCUCAGAUGCUUUUGGAUAGUUUCCACCCCGUACGAUCGAAUCGAUAUCAUUCUAGACGAUACAAGUUUAUUAGAAAAGUCAAAGCUGAUUCUACACCUUCAAGAUACAUUAUACAUCGUCCUGCAAAAGCCGAUGAGGAAGAUACGAAGGAGUUUGAUGAUGCUCCUGGGUGGAAGAGAGGUGAGGAAUGGGGAUAUGUGAAUAUGGAAACACCGAGGAGUUUGGAAAGCAGCGAGAAAACUAGGAUUGAUAUUUUCCAUCAACCACAUCAACAGCAACAGCCAGAAGCUCAAGGUAUAGAGAAAGACCAGGUACCUAAGUCUGUUGGAAUCGAAAGGAAACACUCUGAAGCACCUACUCUGUUGACUAUGCCUUCACUUUCCGCUCAUCCAAUCUCACCAACCAUGUCUACCUCUUCCUCUGCUGAAGGUCCAUUACCUACUACCCCGAUGUUGCUCGAUUCACCCCCUCGAAGAAACCUUUCUACCACUACUACAUCUCCUCAGAACGCAAAGAUGGAGAUGUCAACUAGUAAUAGUGUGAAUUCAAAGAGAUUAUCUUUAUUCAGAAGUCAUUCUUCUUCUCAAUCACCAAUCUCUACCUCGACACAGAAACAAUUUGGGGUAUUAGAUACCAAGGGUGUCGAGAAAGAGAAAGGAAAGAAGAAGGACAAAGGGACUUUGAAAAGUUUAAGAAAGAAAUUCCGAAGUGUAUUGAAGAAUCUUAAUGGUGAUUCCACCAGUGCUACUGAGAAGAAGAAGAUUUCUUCGAAUGGGAUGGGAAUGGGUCCGAGUAGAAGUAUAAGCUCGAAGUCAAUUCCACAAACUAGAAGUACGAACAACAGCAUUAGUACAACUAGUCAGACCAAGAAGGAUGACGUGCCUAUUCAAACACAAACUCAACAAGGGACUUGUGAAUGGCCAUGUCUUACGACGGGUGGAGAAGAGGUAGACGAACUGCAAGGUCAAAGAGAAAGACCGAGAGUCGAGCAAGUAGCUUAA